GAGGCCAAUCAAUUAUGGAAAAUAAUCAAGAUUGAGAAGCAAUGGUCUAGAAACAUCAUCAACAACAAAAACUUACCCCCUCUCCAUAACUUGCAACCAUGCAUCAUCAUCAACAAAACAACUGCGCUCUUUCUUUCUCUCGGCGCCCCAUCUCUCGACUUCAUUUUGUGGUAAUCCCAUCGGUGUCACGGACGGGGGAUGGAUCAACCGAUCCCAAACCCGACGCCCUCCUCCACCGUGACCGAAUCCUGCGUCUCCUCCCACACUCAGUCGUCGUCGUCGGCGGCCUCUUUCUAUCUCCUCGAGAUUAGUCUGAUAUCUGCUCAGGACCUGGCUCCAAUUUCUAAAUCAAUGCAGACAUACGCAAUGGCAUGGAUAAACCCCAACAAGAAGCACACCACCCGAACCGACCAACAGGGCAACAAGAACCCCAUGUGGAACGACAAGUUCGUCUUCCGUCUCACCAACGAGCUGCUCCACUCCGAAACCGCCACCGUGACCGUCGAAAUCUACACGGUCUCCUGGUUCCGGGACGUCCUGGUGGGUAUGGUACGCGUGCUCAUCAGCGAUCUCAUCACGCCAUUGAUCCGAACCCUGCAAACCAACACUAAGAACACGCGGUUUGUCGCCCUCCAGGUGCGUCGCCCGUCAGGCACCCCCCAGGGGAUACUCAACAUGGGGAUCUCGCUCCUGGACAGCACGAUGAGAAGCAUGCCGCUGAAGAACUACGCGGCCAGGAAGCAUGCCAAGAACAAUGUCCAGGAUUCAGAUGAGAAGAACACAAACCCUGAUGAUGAUACCCUCCAGAAAGACGAGCAACUGUCAGAUGAGAAAAGGGAACUGAACGCGAAAAUCCAGCUCUGGCGAUCACUGAGCGCUGGCUCAGAGGUAAACGAGGACUUCCCUGUAAAAGCUGGAUCUAUAUACAAUGGCUCAAUGGUGAAUGGAUCAUUGUGCAAUGGCUCCAUCGAGUACGGCUCGGAAUUAUGCUCCGACAUCGGGCCGUCAGCUUCCAUCGUGGCGGCGGAGGUGGCCAAGAAACUUCAGCCGCCCCCGGAUCUGACUUACCCGGCAGCUUCAAACCCGAAAGAAGCUAAAUUACAGGGUGAUCAUCAGGAAACAGGCAGCUCAAUCCUGGAGGAGCUGACAAUUGAAGAAGCGAAAGCUAAAGGGUACAGAGUUGCCAGCAAAGAGAGAUCUCGACGAGACCGUGACGGCAACGAAUCAGAGAUGUCCAUCGUCACUAGUGGCCGUUCCAGGAGGAAUCCGGCUGACGCGGGCCUGUUUUCUUGUUUCGGAAACGCUUACGGGAUUGAGUUUACAAUAGUUUGCGGGGCGAGCAAGAACGCGAACAGUAACAAAAGCAGUAGCAACAAAAGGAAGAAGCCGCCUAGUAAGGCCAAUUCAGCUUAAACAUUAAGCCCGAAUUUGCAGCUUUCCUGAUGGUGUUUUGGCUGCCGGCCCAUUUUCUUGUUUGGAUAACCAGAAAAAACUUGUUGUAAAGGAUUGAUUCAAAUGGUUAGCGGGAUGUUCAGCCUUCGCCUCUCUAAAAGUC